AUGCAGGCGGAGCUCAACACCCCCGAAGCACAACACAUUCUAAGCCUGCAUGAAGAGGUCCUAAGAGACCAUGAGGACUUCAACGACAUGGCCUCGGAUAUGGCACAGCGUCUGGCCCUGAGGGACGACCGGCAAGGACGGAUGCUGAAGGCAGCACUCGAGAGUGUACGCGCAGACUAUGCGGAAGCUUAUGGUCCGACAGAAUCAGACGAAGAGAGAGAGCAAUGA